ACGGAACAUUAUACAAAAUCGGUACUCUGCUUUGGCCUAGUUUUAGACCAGAUACUCGUUCUUAUAUACCAUGGCCAUAACCUACAAGAAGGUAGGGGGGAGCAAUAAUAAUGAUAAUAAUAUGGGGAUGAUGAUGAUGAUGACGGUGAUGGUAUUGAUAAAUAUGGUUUACGUUUGCGAAUCAUCAUUAUCAAGGGAAUGCCCCAAGGCAGCAUAUUGUCACUGUAUGGAAGAGUGUUUUGCCAAAAAUAACGGGAAAUACGGGAACUUGGAUGACCCUGCUGAGUUGCAAGGACAUUGCGAACCGUUGUGUGAUGCUAAACUUCAUGCUUCAUGUUCUGAUGACCCCCAAUUCUACUGUCUGAUUGAUAAAGCUGCUGUUGCAUCUCUGCCGCCCAACUAAUAAUGAUAUAUAUGUACACAUCAACUAAUGAUUGAUGAGCUAAUUCCAUGUAUCUAGUCUAGCUUAAAUAAAUGGCUGAUCAAGGCGAUAAUUAGUCAAGCUUCAGUAAAAAACUAAAAUACUCCCUCAGUCUCAAUUUGUUUUGCAAAGUCAA